AUGGCCUUCACUGGUCCGAAUCCCUCAAUCUGGGUCGGUGGCCUGGACCCUGAUCUGCAGGAGCAGAAGCUAUACGACUACUUUGUGCGCAUCGGCCCCGUUACCUCUGUCCGCGUAUGCGUCGACUCUGCCACGCAGAAGUCUCUCGGGUACGGUUACGUGAACUUCCAGGACCCGGCGGAUGCUGAGAAGGCGCUGGACCAAGCCGGCUCCAAGCUCGGCUCCCGCUACCUCCGCAUCGCCAAGAUCCAACGCGACCCCUCGAAGCGCCGCUCCGGCGUCAACAACAUCCUUGUCAAGAAACUCCCGAAGAGUGUUGACACCUACGCACUGAAGGAGAUGUUCAGCAAGUUUGGCCGCCUCACCGCGAUCGGCCUGGCGUGCGACGAGAAGGGCGAGUCCCGCGGCUACGCCCGCAUCUCCUUCGAGCGCGAGGAGUCCGCCGUGGACGCCGUGAGGGAGAUGGACGGGAUGGAGAUGGACGGCCAGGCGAUCGUCGUUGAACGCUACCAAGCCCAGCACCGUGACGAGCUGCUGAAGCAGUUCACCAACCUGUACGUCAAAAACCUCGAUCCCGCUGUCACGGACGAAAAGCUGCGCGCGUUCUUCGCCAAGUACGGCGAGGUCAGCUCCGCUAAGGUCCGCGACCUCGGUGCUGUGCAGAGCGAGGCCGGUCUCGGCUACGUCGCCUUCCAGAAGCACGAGGACGCCGCCCGCGCUGUGGAGGAGCUGAACGGAAAGGAGUGUGAGAUCGCCAAGGCCGGCUCCCCUCUCGACGUGAGCCGCUUCCGCUCUCGCGAGGAGCGCCAGCGCGACCGCGAGCGCCAGCGCCGUGAGCGCGCGCAGCAGCACAGCAAGUACCCGAACCUGUACGUUAAGGGCUUUGACGACACUGUCACGAGUGAGCGCCUGGAAGAGCUGUUCCAGCGCUACGGCGAGACCGUGUCGGUGACAGUGAUGAUGGACAAGGAGACUGGGGUGUCGCGCUGCUUCGGCUUCGUGUCCAUGAAGGACCAGAACGCCGCCUCGCAGGCCAUCCAGGAGCUGAACGGCAGCACCUUUCUCAGCCCCCGCCCGCUCUUCGUUACGUACGCCCUUCGCAAGGAUGCGCGCCGCCAGAACCUUGAGGAGCGCAGCAAGCAGUUCCGCGUGCGCCAAAACCCAAUGGGCGGCCCGGGCAUGGGUGCCAUGCCACCCAUAGGCUUUAUGGGCCCGCAGAUGUUCAAUAACGUCAACAUGCCAUUCAUGAACCCGCGCGUGCCGAUCAUGCCGAUGAACGGAAUGAACGGAAUAGGCGGCAUGAACGGUAUGGGUGGCAUGAACGGCGUGGGCGGUGUGGGAGGUAUGGGAGGCGUGGGCGGUGUGGGAGGCAUGGGAGGCGUGGGAGGCGUGGGCGGUGUGGGAGCUAUGGGUGGGAUGGGCGGCAUGGGAGGCAUGGCCCGCCCGAUGGCGCCGAACGCGAUGAGCCAGAUGCGCUCUCGCCCGAUGCCGCAGAAGCCGCCGAUGCAGUCUCUGAUGCCACAGCAGCACCAGCAGGCGCCUCCGCAGGGCCAGAACCUUGCCGCCGUGCUCGCGAACCUCAACCCCGAGCAGCAGAAAAAUGUGCUCGGCGAGCGUCUCUACAGCUACAUUGUGCGCAGCCACCCGUCUGUGGCCGCCAAGAUCACGGGUAUGCUUCUUGAGAUGGACAACUCCGAGAUUCUGAACAUGCUGGACUCGCCAACUAUGCUGGACAGCAAGAUCGCCGAGGCCCAGGACGUUCUGAACCGUCACAUGAGCGUUUGA